GACUGUGCUGACCACAUCAGCUAGACGCCCUUCCACAGCCGUGACUGCCUCCGUUUAGGCUACAAAUGGUGUGAGGACUCAGGGGGAAAGUAUGCUCCGCUCGGUGUGAUCCUGUGUCCUCUGUGUCCACUCUCAGAAGAACCAGGAGGAGGGGACUGUUCAGGCACAGCGCGCAACUUGCCUCACUCAGGGACUGCGCUCGUGGCUGGUUGGAUUAACUGGACAGAUUCAGCAGAAUUGAGCCAAAUCAAAGUCCGUACGUGACAAUGGACGAACAGUGCGGACUCCCCGGAGGCUCCAAUCCCAGCGCUGGACAGUCCAGCGCAGACAGACUGACCCGGGCCGGUGUGGUGAGGUGUGGAUGGCUCAGGAAACAGGGGGGCUUUGUGAAAACCUGGCACACCCGAUGGUUUGUCCUGAGAGGGGACCAGCUCUAUUACUACAAAGACGAAGAGGAGACCAAAGCGCUGGGAGCUAUUUUCUUGCCUGGAAACAAGGUAACGGAGCAUCCCAUCAGCGGAGACGACGGAGGAAAAUUCCUGUUUGAGGUUAUUCCAGGAGGGGAAAGAGAGCGGAUGACGGCCAACCAUGAGACGUACCUGCUCAUGGCCAGCUCACAGAACGACAUGGAGGACUGGGUCAAGACGAUACGCAGAGUCAUAUGGGCGCCUUUUGGUGGAGGUAUCUUCGGUCAGAAGCUAGAGGAGACUGUGCGGUACGAGCGACGUUUUGGGAACAAACUGGCUCCGAUGCUGGUGGAGCAGUGCGUGGACUUCAUCCGACAGCGGGGGCUGCAGGAGGAGGGGCUCUUCAGGCUCCCGGGACAGGCGAACCUGGUCAAAGAUCUGCAGGAGGCGUUCGACUGUGGAGAAAAGCCCUCGUUUGACUGUAACACCGACGUGCACACAGUGGCUUCUCUUCUAAAGCUGUAUCUCAGAGAGCUGCCGGAGCCGGUGAUUCCUUUCCACAACUAUAACGAAUUUCUGUCCUGCGCCAAAGUGCUCAGCAAGGACGAGGACGGGGGAAUGAAGGAGCUGAGAAAACUUGUCGACAGUCUACCUCCAGUAAAUUACAACCUCCUCAAAUAUAUCUGCAGGUUUUUAGAUGAAGUGCAGUCAUACUCAGGAGUGAAUAAGAUGAGCGUGCAGAAUCUCGCAACAGUGUUUGGACCCAACAUCCUGCGACCCAAAGUGGAAGAUCCAGUAGCUAUAAUGGAAGGUACUGUCCUGGUUCAGCAACUAAUGGCCGUUCUGAUUGGUCGCCAUGAUGUCCUCUUCCCUCGUGGUGAUGACAGCGCCGCAGCUCUAGAGCUCGUAAACAACAACAAUAUUGAACUUUCUCAGCAACAAGUGCCCACAACUACCUCCUCCAACGCCCUGGUGUCGCAGAACGCAGAGAACAACAAUGUCCACGUGUCCCGUCAGUGCGUAUGGGAAGCCCCGGAGUCUCCUUCUCACAAAGUCACAGACAGCAGCAGCCCUCCCCGAUCCGCCAGUCCUCGCAAUGGAGUGAUCGCGCGCUUCGACGUCGCCCGGAGCCCGCCUCUGACUGUGAAGAAGAACCCUGCGUUUGGUAAAGGCAGUGGGAUUGUUACAAAUGGGUCCUUUAGCUCCUCCCCUUCCUCCGACCCCACUCUGGACAAGCUGCUGAGCGGGGGCGGGGCUUUAUCAGGACGUCGCACCGGCACGCUCAAAGGCUCAGGUACAAAGAUGGGCACGAGCGGAGUGACGAGUGCAAACAACACUGGAGGAAAUGUGCGUAUGGGCGUUUUGAGCACAGACACUGGGAACUGCCGAAAUGCACAGUGGGUUUCAAACGGCUGCGUGACUUUACGUGAGAACAAUAAAAUCACGAUUGAUCAAAUGUCCAAUCAGAAUCGUCUCUCCACCUAUGACAAUGUCCAGAUAAACCAUCAAAAUGUGCUGCAGCAGAACCAACUUAACAACACCUGUCUGAGCAGCAGCUGCGAGGACAAACAGAGUGUGGACAGCGCCACCUGGUCCACCUCGUCAUGUGAGAUCUCUCUGCCAGACAACUCCACCUCCUGUCGCUCCUCCACCACCACCUGCCCUGAGCAGGACUUCUACACCACCCACUUUGAAGAGCUGGACGCACCAGGACAGGAAACAGAGCCUGUCCCGUCAGGAGCAGCGGAGGGGGACCGGAGCAGCCUCAGGGAGGGGGAAGGUGUUGGCAGCAGCAGUCGAGGCUCCAGUAGUAGUGAGAACGCUGACUCAUUCACUGGAACCAGCGGGGUUGGGAGUCACAGCGCUCUGCACAGCCUCGUGGCCAGCCUCAAACAAGAAAUGCACAAGCAGAAGAGCGAGUACGAGGCCAGGAUUAAGAGCUUGGAGCAGUGUAACCUCGAGCUGGAGACAGAGAUGGUGAACCUUCAUGAGGAGCUGGACCAGGAGAGGAAGAAGUACACCAUGGUAGAGAUUAAACUGCGUAACGCAGAAAGGGCAAAGGAUGAUGCUGAGCGCAGGAAUCAGAUGUUACAGAAGGAGAUGGAGCAGUUCUUUUCCACAUUCAGUGACCUGACAGCAAACAGCAGCCCGGCCACUGAGCACAGGAGAACGGAGCGCAACAACACCAUCUGGAUCCAGUAAAGACACUGAGGGACAUGGUACUUUUAAAAGACAUUCAUGUUGUUUAUUGUUGAUCUGAGCAUCUCCAAACAGGAUUUGGAGUUUGCUCUUGUUACAUGUAUAGUGUUUAACCUGUUAAAUUAAGGGAAACACCUUAAAUAUGUUCACAUCGCCUGGGGUGAUUAUAGUACACUGUUAUUUAAAAUGUCAUUUUCAAGUUAAAGGGAUGGUGCACCAAGUCUGAAAAGUUAACAUUUUACUUCAAAGGGAUAGAUCGGUCCAGCUUUAGGUGCUAAACGUGUCCCUCUGUGUUGCCUGUUUUGUACAUAUUGAGAAACAGUGAAAAUAUGUGUCAAAAUAAACAGAGAUGUCUAUGUGAAUUAAGAUAUGUGUAACAUUUUAUAAAAACAUUUCCUUGCACUUAUGUGUCUUUAAACUGAGCGAAGUGGUACUGUGUACAGUAUAUGCACCUGUGCUUUGUACUGUUGCAAUAACUUUAUGACCAAAAGAGCCCGUACUGUAAAUAUUGUACAGAAUACUGGAAUGGCACGUUUUAUUAUAUGUGGAUAAAAUUGUUUCUUGUUUUAUAGUUUGUAAAAAUAGUCUUGCACGAUGAGCCAUUAAUCUAAAAAUGACAAAUGACAGUACAUAUAUUAUGUUUCUUCAUUCUCUAUGGCAACAAUGUCAUAUUUAAUGUAUAUAAUACUAUAACACAGUAUAGUAUAUAUAAAAUAAAUAGCAGCAUUUGAGCUCCACAUUGUAAAAAAAAAAAAAAAAGAUCUAUUAGAAAGAAAAUGUAAUGCACAGUCGGCUCUGAAACACUUUUGGAUGUGACUGCAUUUUGAAACGUAGCUUGAAACCAAACUGAAUGCUUCAAAAUGUUUUGGGUCUAAGUAGACGUUAGUGAAACUUUCUUUUUGUGCCCUAAAGUGAUGCAGUAACUGUCUCUGCCGAUUCCAUUCAAAGUGUAGACUCGAAGGAAGCAAUACUUGAGACUGAGUUAAAGAUAUCUUGUUAUAAAUAAAGUCUAAAUUAAAUGUUGGUCUGGACUAUUUUAAUCUUAAGCAACAAGACUUGACCCCGAUGCUCCCGGAUUCACAACAUCACAUGAAGUCACAUUACAUCGCAA